UUAAAUCGUGUAUAUAUGUGAAGAGCUACAAAUCCCCGGAGCCACAAAACCAAAGAUGGACAUCCUCUCCGUUGUCUUGACUUUCAUAGCCUUUUCACUGCUCUUUGUCAUUCUAGCCAUAUCCGUUCUCCUGAUCAGAACCUUCACCGGAAAAUCCAUCACGAACCAGAACUAUCCCCCCGUGCAUGGUACGAUCUUCCAUCUGCUCUUAUACUUCAACAAACUCUACGACCAACAAACAGAAUCUGCCAAGAAACAGCGGACCUUCCGGCUCCUCACUCCGGAACAAAGCGAGAUAUACACGACGGACAUACGAAAUAUCGAGCAUAUACUAAAAACCAACUUCGACAAGUACUCGAAAGGCAAGCAUAAUCAGGAGAUUAUUACUGAUCUCUUUGGCCAGGGGAUAUUCAUUGUGGACGGGGAGAAGUGGCGGCAGCAGAGGAAGCUUGCGAGCUUUGAGUUCUCCACGAGAGUGCUUAGAGAUUUCAGCUGUUCUGUGUUCAAAAGAAAUGCUGCUAAGUUGGUCAGAGCUGUUUCUAAGUUAUCGGAUGCUGGCCUUGCCUUUGAUAUGCAGGACAUACUAAUGAGAUGCACUUUGGAUUCCAUAUUCAAAGUAGGGUUUGGGGUAGAACUGAAUUGCUUGGAGGGGCCGAGCAAGGAGGGAAUUGCAUUCAUGAAGGCUUUUGAUGAUUCAAAUGCUUUGGUCUAUUGGCGCUAUGUCGAUCCAUUCUGGAAGUUGAAGAGGUUUCUUAACGUUGGGUGCGAAGCUGUCCUUAAGAAGAACAUCAAAAUUAUCAACGAUUUUGUGCACGAAGUGAUUAGGACCAAGAGGAAACUGCUGGCAGUGCAACGAGAUUGCGAUGAAAAGGAGGACAUACUUUCGAGGUUCUUGGUGGAGAGCACAAGGCAUCCAGAGAUAAUGAAUGAUCAAUAUCUAAGGGACAUAAUUCUGAAUUUCAUGAUAGCCGGCAAAGAUACGAGUGCAAAUACUCUCUCAUGGUUCAUCUUUAUGCUCUGCAAGAACCCUCUAAUUCAAGAAAAAAUUGCACAAGAAGUGAGAGAUGUCACCGGUCGCCAUGGCGAAGGAGCUAAUGUGGAUGAGUUCGCGGCUAAUAUAACUGAUGCAACGCUGGAUCAUAUGCAUUAUCUUCAUGCCGCAUUGACAGAGACAUUGAGGUUAUACCCUGCAGUUCCCGUGGAUGGAAGAUGUACAGAAAUGGAUGACACACUUCCUGAUGGAUAUAGACUAAGAAAAGGGGAUGGAGUAUACUACAUGGCCUAUGCAAUGGGCAGGAUGCCUUAUAUUUGGGGAGAAGAUGCAGAUGAGUUCCGACCUGAAAGAUGGCUCGAAAAUGGGAUAUUUCAACCCGAAUCACCCUUCAAAUUCAUAGCAUUUCAUGCCGGUCCUCGAAUGUGUCUAGGGAAGGACUUCGCUUACAGGCAGAUGAAAAUAGUUUCUAUUGCUCUUCUCCGCUUCUUCCGAUUCAAACUAGCUGAUGCUACAAAAAAUGUUACCUACAGGACGAUGUUCACACUUCACAUUGAUGGAGGCCUCCCUGUUUGUGCAAUUUCUAGGACAGAAUAGUGAACUCCUGUUUAUGUACUCAUUGCCUCUUUGUGUAUCAAUAAUUGAAUUCCACGUGAAUGAUGCACAUCUAGUGACUUUAUGAUAUGAUGCACUCCUGGUGACUUAAAGAUUGAUAA